GUGACGCUAGGACUGCUGCAUAGUCACAUGCCAAGAGGCGACAAGGAAAGAGGAAACUUAUGAUACAAUUUAUCGAUUAUAGACUUUUUUUUGUUACAUUCUAGCCUACAAGUUUGCUGUAGGUUGUAACUGUUUAAUCGUUGUUUUUUUGUGUAAUAAGCGCGUGCUUGCAUUUUGGAUGGCAACAUUGUCGUAUGAUAUUACCACUGCAACAUAGCCUUGUUGUAGAUAGGCUAAGUCGUUCUAAACUCGAAAGUCGAGAAGGAAACAUCAUAAAUGUUAGUAGCCUAUUUUCUUUAGCAAUAUUAUGUUGUUUUGCCAAUGUUUUCCGCGUGAAACAUUACUCUGCGGGUUGAUCUUGCAACGUGCUAAACGAGCAGUUAAAAUCAUGUCAACUCAGGACGCCUCACAACACGAUUUUAACCAGAAGCGAUUGAUAGCCAACAAUAGCGGAUCCUUACAGAUUCAUACAACUAAAGCAGACCGUGAAGACUCGGAUACCGGUGUCAAGACGAGCAACGACAUGCAAGAAACAAACAGAACAACUGAAAAACAGUUCACAGAGGACGAACUUGCCAUACAUAAAUUACACAGAGAAGCAUGUGAGGCUAAGAGGCAGAAGUACAUGGACCCAGGCAGCGGCUACAAGGUGUUCACAGAGUUUGCCCACCGCCAGAGAGGAAAGUGCUGCGGCAACGCCUGUAGACAUUGUCCAUUUGGCCAAGUCAAUGUGAAAGACCCAGCCAACAAGAAACAUUUUAACUCUAUGUAUUAUGUAUAAUACACCAAACACACUCUGGUUUAGUGUACAAGGCAUGAUAUAGUCUGUGUACUGUGUUGUUAUUUUGGACUGUUUCAAUGGUGUGUGUUUUUUUUUUCCAGCACCAUGAUAAAUGAUGAAAUUUAGAGUGGUGUGUGUGCAAUCUUCUCCUGCUAUGAAUUCUCUGUGUGAUUUUAGUCUCUACAGUAGGACACUGGAAAGGGGGUACGUCUCUGGAGUCUAAAUUUGGUUUUGGUUUUUGAAUUUUACCCUGUCAAUUAUUUUUUUUAAAUCAUUUUUCCUCAAAGAUACAAUGAAAAUAUAUAUAUAUUUUUUUAACCUUGAUUGAUGAUGACUUGACAUGUAUUAUUGUUAUGUGAUUGACUGUCUGAGAUGGUGAUGUUUCUAUAUAGAUUUUCAGAGGGAGUGUAUGAGAUGAACAUCCAUCUCUCUACUGUCCCUUCAUCCUCCAAAUGUACACAUAUGCACAUUUUUGAAACAUUUAAAACACAAAACAUGUGAGUUGUCUGCCUCCAACGGAAAGGGAUGUGCAAUUUAAAUAGUCACCAGGUCAAGGUUCAUCUCUCAGCCUGGCUCGCUGGUUGAACGUCAGCUGAUGGAGUCAACCUGUUCACAUACAAACAGUGGACAUCAACAGGCUCGCUCCCUGCUGUAUUUCCCAAGGAGCCUUCCGGCAACGCAGGGCUUCUCCAUGUCUCCCUGCAGCUGCUCCCCCGACACACAGCCCUAAUGAACACUGGGGCUCUCACUAGCCCUGCAACACUGGAUGGCAGACCACCCCGCACCAACACACACACAGGCAUGGGGACGCACGGACACACAAAUACACAGACGUGGACACAAAAAUACACAGACUUAGACAGACUCACAAAAUGGCAAUGAAGGUCGCCUCUAAAAUCUGACUAGAUAUUGUACAAGACACUGCACUGAGUAGUCCUAAAGCCAGACCGAGCUGAGGAUAACCUUCCAUCAGAGUACUGUGUGUGUUAAACCAGAGCAGUUUUAAUCUGUGUGACUUGUCACUAGGCACAGAAGUCAAUUCGAUGUCUAUUCUACGUUGGUUCAACGUCAUUUCCAUAAAAUGACUUGGAAACCAUGUUGAUUCAACCAGUGUGUGCCCCAGUGGGUUGUGGGUAGGGGCACUGGCUCCAAACCUGCCACACACUCUCCUGUAUCCAUUUGAUCGGGCAAACGGUGUCAGGAUGAGUGAGUGUGUGUGCCGCGGAAUGCUUUCGCAGCCGUCUACUGGCCCGGACAGGUGGGUCCCAAAGGCAAAGUGCUUAGUGAUCAGGAGCAAACCCCAGCGAGCGGCUACAAGGAAAUUCAUGAUCCCAACAGUGCUGAGCAGGACAGGUUCACCGCGACGCGUCGUCAGCCUGGAUGAGAGGCAAAUUUAUUUGGGCGACGGUUGUGAAGCGAGGCAGCAGAGCGUAGCGGCAACAACACUUCGUUCGCCAUUCCGGGUAGAAGGUGUCACAGUCAUCAAGUACCUGGGCCCGCCUGCCUGCCUGCCGCAGGUCUGGGAGUUUUGCCUAGGGACUUGUCUGUCACAUUACGCUAGAUGCAUUGCCAUUCCAGGGCCUGUGCGCUCCUGCAGCCUGACCAUGAAAUAGGCCAACUUUCAUGUCUGCCUCAUCUCUCUCCGUCGCCUCACUCCACUGAUGACACAGUUGGAAAGGUAUUUUUUCUUCUGUGCUACUGAGACACAGCAGCACAGCUCUCAGUCAGUCCCUCCGCAGCGCCAGCUCGACAUAUAUCUGGGAAACUCAUGGUAGCCAGAAGCAGGAAACUGGAAAUGUCCCCCGCUCUCUCCAGGCUUGUCAUGUUGUCAGGCCCUUUUCAUGACAUACAGGGCUAUAUUCUAUUCUGGGUUUUCUAUUUUUUUACCUUUUAAUAUUGAACACUGCCUCGUUGAGGGAAAGCAUUUCCCUCUACUGUUUAGAACUGUUGUGGCCUGUACAUGUGACAAAUAACCUUUGUUUUUUUAUAUAUUUGUGCGUUCUGGAAUUCUUUAGAAUAUCUCAGGGAAUGUUCUCAAUAUUUUAACCUGUAUUUAAUGUUAUUGUCCUGUGCAAUAAUUAUUAGUAUUGCAUGUAUGUGUAAACAUAGAAAAGAGUGCGAUUGAACUAUUUUGUCAUUGAAUAAAUUAUUGCUAUAUUUAAGUAGUAUCAAUAGUUAUGUGGUGUCAAGC